AUGGCUUCCAGGUUUGAAACGCUGCAAAUACACGCCGGCCAGGAGACCGACCCGGUCACCAAAUCAAGAGCCGUACCUAUCUACCAAACCGCAUACUUCAAUUUUGACGACUCGGCACACGCGGCACGAUGCUACGGCCUGGAGGAAGACGGACACAUCGGCAGUCGAACAUCGAACCCAACCACUGACGUAUUGGAGAAGCGCAUGGCGGCGCUAGAGGGCGGGCUCGCCGCCGUUGCCGUUGCCUCUGGCCAGUCAGCUGUGUUCAUGACCAUACUGUGUCUGGCCGGACGAGGUGAGAGCAUCAUAUCAACUGCUAACAUGUAUCACGGCGCGUACAAUCAGUUCAGCUUCCUGUUGCCGGACCUGGGCAUUUCGGUGGAUAUUGUCCAAGAAACCCCGGAAUCCAUCGAGGCAGCGAUAAACGAGACGACAAGGGCCAUCUAUCUCGAGAGCAUGGGGCAUCCACGCAUGAACGUUCCAGAUAUCGAGGCUAUUGCCCAAGUAGCACACCGACAUGGCAUACCUCUGGUGGUCGACAACACCGCCGGGGCUGGAGGCUACUGGUGCCAGCCGAUUCUCCACGGCGCCGACAUCGUAACGCAUAGUGCUAGCAAAUGGAUCUGCGGCCACGGAACCUCCGUGGGUGGUGUUGUUGUUGACUCGGGAAGAUUCGACUGGCGCAGUCCGAGAUUUGCAAGGCUCAACCAGCCCAACCCGGGCUUCCACAACAUCAACUUCCACGAGUCGUUUGGGAAGCUCGCCUUUGUGAACCGGCUCAGGCACCAGAUUCUCCGCGACUCUGGGGCCUGUCUGUCGCCGUACAAUAGCCGAGACCUUCUCAUUGGGCUGGAGACGCUCAGUCUGCGGUGCGAGAGGCACACACGCAACGCGACAGAGCUUGCGGUCUGGCUGUGUGGUCAUCCUGGCAUCUCUUGGGUCGACUAUCCAGGGUUAGAGAACCAUCCGAAAUCUCUUGCCGCUACCAAGUAUUUCCCUCGUGGCGCGGGGGCUGUCAUUCUCUUCGGUGUAAGAGGUGGUGCCGUUGUUGGAGAAUCACUCGUGGAUGGCUUCAAGCUCAUCACCCACAUGGCCUCGUAA